ACAGAACUCAUUCUGUCCUCCAGCACACCCACACACACUCUGAGAGCCAGAGAGAGAGAGUGAGAUAGAGAGGUGUAGCAAGGAGAGAGAGAGAGAGGGGUGUUGCGAAUAGAGAAAGAUAGCAAGGAAAGAGAGAGAGAGAGAGAGAUUUUUGUGCAAAGGACUAAAAGAGAUAGAGAGUAAGAGAACAGGAGGAUUUUCUGGCAUUUCUCUCAGAGCUGCAGAUAGAACCGGGAGAAGAGAAAACAGAAAGAUGGCAGAAGGAGGAGAAGGAGAGGAGGAGAUUCAGUUCCUUCGCACGGAUGACCAGGUGGUGCUACAGUGCACUGCUUCUGUCCUGAAGGAGCAGAUCAAACUGUGUCUGGCCUGUGAGGGCUUCGGGAAUCGACUAUGUUACCUGGAGACCACGUCCAACGCUCAGAACUGUCCACCAGAUCUGGCCAUCUGUGCCUUCGUCCUGGAACAGUCCCUGUCUGUACGUGCGCUGCAGGAGAUGCUGGCUAACACCGUGGACAUGAGUGAGUCAUCCCAAGGAGGAGGCCACCGCACGCUGCUGUACGGCCAUGCUAUCCUGCUCAGACACUACCACUCUAGCAUGUAUCUGAGCUGCCUGACGACGUCUCGGUCACUAACAGAUAAGCUGUCCUUCGAUGUGGGCCUGCAAGAAGACUGCGUAGGCGAGGCGUGUUGGUGGACGAUUCACCCAGCGUCCAAACAGAGGUCAGAGGGAGAGAAGGUCAGGGUAGGAGAUGACCUCAUCCUGGUCAGCGUCUCCUCAGAGAGAUACCUUCAUCUGUCCUAUGCCAGUGGUGAUCUGAUGGUGGAUGCGUCCUUCAUGCAGACUCUAUGGAACAUGAACCCUGUGUGUUCAGGCUGCGAGCUGGCUGAGGGCUUCCUGGCCGGAGGUCAAGUCCUCAGACUGUUCCACGGUCACAUGGACGAGUGUCUGGCCAUCUCCAUGCCUGACGACGGGGAUGACAAACGCAGCACCGCCCACUAUGAAGGAGGAGCCGUGUGUAGCCAGGCCCGUUCUUUAUGGAGACUGGAGCCUCUGAGAAUCAGCUGGAGCGGCAGCCACAUGAAGUGUGGCCAGUCGUUCCGUGUGCGCCACAUCACCACGGGCCGUUACCUCUGUCUGGACGAGGAGAAGGGCCUGAUGGUCCUCGACCCUGAGAGGGCCAACACCAAACUGUCUGCCUUCAGCUUCCGCGUGUCAAAGGAGAAGGUGGAACAGGCUCGUAAGCGAGACGUGGAGGGAAUGGGCAUCCCAGAGAUCAAGUAUGGAGAGUCCAUGUGUUUUGUCCAGCACGUGUCCACCAGCCUGUGGCUUACCUACGCCUCCCUGGAUGCUAAGGCUGCUCGCCUGGGGACCAUGAAGAGGAAGGCCAUUCUGCACCAAGAGGGUCACAUGGACGAUGCCCUGACUGUGGCCCGGUCCCAGACAGAGGAGUCUCAGGCUGCUAGGAUGAUCUUUAGCACCACAGGACUCUUCAGGCAGUUUAUCAAGGGUCUGGACUCCCUGCAGGGGAAGAACAAGUCCCCUGUCCCCGUGCCUCUACCCCUGGACGGGGUCGUCCUCUCCCUGCAGGACCUUAUCUUCUACUUCCGUCCCCCCGAAGACGAGCUGGAACACGAGGAGAAACAGACAAAGCUGCGCUCCCUCCGAAACCGACAGAACCUCUUCCAAGAGGAGGGUAUGAUCACCAUCGUGCUAGAGUGUAUCGACCGUCUGAACGUUUACAACACUGCUGCUCACUUCUCUGAGUUCGCCGGAGAGGAGGCCGCUGAGUCCUGGAAGGAGAUUGUCAACUUGCUCUAUGAGCUGCUGGCCUCUCUGAUCAGGGGGAACCGUUCUAACUGUGCGCUGUUCUGUGAUAACCUGGACUGGCUGGUCAGCAAACUGGACCGGUUGGAGGCCUCUUCAGGUAUCUUGGAGGUGUUGCACUGUGUCCUGAUUGAGAGUCCAGAGGUUCUGAACAUCAUUCAGGAGAACCACAUCAAAUCUAUCAUCUCUUUGCUGGACAAACAUGGCAGAAACCACAAGGUCAGUGAUGUCUGGCAGAUGUUUGGAUGUUUGUACAUCUGUAGGGUCUGGAUAGGUGUUAGCAGUGUAGUGGUGGAACUUCCAUCAUAUGUGAGGCCCAACAUCUUCCUGGGAACCUGCGAAGGCUCUACUCAGUAUAAGAAGUGGUACUUUGAGAUGAUGGUAGACUAUGUGGAGCCUUUCGUGACAGCCACACCCUCUCACCUGCGUGUGGGCUGGGCCCUGACGGAGGGGUACUCCCCCUAUCCUGGGGGCGGAGAGGGCUGGGGUGGCAACGGGGUGGGGGAUGACCUCUACUCGUACGGCUUCGAUGGACUGCACCUGUGGUCAGGUCACGUCCCCCGCCAGGUGGCGUCGCCCAAUCAGCAUGCCCUAGCAGCUGAUGAUGUGGUGUCGUGCUGUCUGGAUCUGAGCGUGCCCAGUAUCUCGUUCCGGGUCAACGGCCACCCGGUCCAGGGCAUGUUCGAGAACUUCAACGUAGAUGGACUGUUCUUCCCCGUCAUCAGUUUCUCUGCUGGAGUCAAAGCUCGUUUACUGUUGGGUGGUCGCCAUGGAGACUUUAAGUUCCUGCCCCCCCCGGGCUAUGCUCCGUGCUACGAGGCCCUGCUACCCAAGGACAGGAUGAGGAUCGAACCCAUCAAGGAGUACAAACACGACUUUGACGGAGUCCGAAACUUGCUGGGGCCAACCCUGUCCCUCACACACACCUCCUUUACCCCCAAUCCCGUAGACACUGCUCAGAUCGUGUUGCCGCCCCACCUGGAGAAGAUCAGGGAGAAGCUGGCAGAGAACAUCCACUCGCUGUGGGCCAUCACGCGCAUCGAGCAGGGCUGGACUUAUGGAAUAUUCAGAGACGACAACAAGAAGCUGCAUCCCUGUCUGGUCGACUUCCAGACCCUUCCUGAACCUGAGAGGAACUACAAUCUGCAGAUGUCUGGGGAAACACUUAAGACUCUGCUGGCCCUGGGCUGCCAUGUGGGCAUGGGGGAUGAGAAGGCAGAGGAGAACCUGAAGAUCAUCAAAAUGCCAAAGACCUAUAUAAUGAGCAAUGGAUUUAAGCCCGCCCCCCUGGAUCUGAACCACGUCAAGCUGACGCCCAAUCAAAACCAGCUGGUGGAGAAGCUGGCGGAGAACGGUCACAACGUGUGGGCACGGGACCGCGUGCGCCAGGGUUGGACGUACAGCAUCGUGCAGGACAUCAUGAAUAAGCGUAACCCCCGUCUGGUUCCUUAUAACCUGCUGGAUGAGAGAACCAAGAAGACCAACCGAGACAGUGUCAACAACGCUGUGCGCACUCUCAUUGGCUACGGAUACAACAUCGAGCCUCCAGACCAGGAGAGCACUGGCCUCGGCCUGGAUGACGUGCGGGGGGAUAAGGUCCGUAUCUUCCGUGCUGAGAAGUCCUACGCGGUCACGUCUGGGAAGUGGUACUUUGAGUUUGAGGCGGUGACGACCGAAGAGAUGAGAGUGGGCUGGGCCCGACCCAACGUCAGGGCUGACAAUGAGCUGGGAGCAGACGAGCUGGCCUGGGUCUUCAAUGGAAAAACGGCCCAGCGCUGGCAUGUGGGCAAUGACCCGUUUGGUCGCCAGUGGCAGUCGGGUGACGUGGUGGGGUGUAUGAUCGACCUGACCGAACAAAAUAUCAUGUUCACCCUGAACGGAGAGAUGCUCAUCAGCGACUCUGGCUCAGACAUGGCUUUCAAGGACAUCGAGAUAGGAGAAGGCUUCAUCCCAGUGUGCACCCUGGGCCUGUCCCAGGUGGGCAGGAUCAACCUGGGUCAGAACGUCAGCAGUCUGCGCUACUUCGCCAUCUGUGGUCUCCAGGAGGGCUUCGAACCAUUUGCCAUCAACAUGAAGAGAGACAUUACCAUGUGGUUCAGCAAGAGCCUGCCACAGUUCGCCCCUGUGCCAACUAACCACCAACACAUUGAGGUGUCCCGCGUGGACGGGACAGUGGACAGCGCUCCCUGCCUGAAGCUGACCCACAAGACGUUCGGCUCCCAGAAUGCCAACACUGACAUGCUGUUCCUCCGCCUGAGCAUGCCUGUGGAGUUUGACGAGGUCUUCAAGAUCACAGCCGGGACCACGCCGCUGACCCGCACUUUGACCAUCCACGAGGACGAGGUUCUGGAGGUGGAGCCGGACUCUGAGUUUGAGGUUCUGAAGAAGUCGGCCAGUAAGAAGGAGCAGGAAGAGAAGGAAAAGGAACCAUCUGUCGCCAAGGAGACGCCCGAGAUAGAGAAGGACGCGAUGUCAGAGAAGGGCAAGAAGAGAGGGUUGUUUGCUAGGGCUAAGAAGGCAGCUACCAUCAACCCUCCCCCAACCCCUCCCUUGGUGCCGCGGUUACAGCAGGACGUGGUCCCAGAUGACAGAGAUGAUGUGGAGAUUAUCCAGAAUACCACCACGUACUACUACUCGGUGAGAAUCUUCGCUGGCCAGGAGCCCACUGGGGUGUGGAUCGGCUGGGUAACCCCCGACUACCACAUGUACGACCCCAACUUUGACCUCUCCAAGGUCCGGAACGUCACCUUAACCGUUGGAGACGACAAGGGCAACAUCCACGACAGUAUGAAGCAUAGUAACUGCUACAUGGUGUGGGGAGGAGACUUCGGCAACAGCUCCCAGCAGGCCAGGUUCAGCCAGGAGGACACUGUGGUUGGCUGCCUGGUCGACCUGGCAACAGGCCUCAUGACAUUCACAGCCAAUGGGAAGGAGAUAAACACCUUCUACCAGGUGGAGCCCAACACAAAGCUGUUUCCUGCUGUGUUCGUCCAGCCCUCCAGUCAGAACAUGGUACAGCUGGAGCUGGGGAAACUCAAGAACAUCAUGCCAAUCUCAGCAGCCAUGUUCCGCAGUGAGCGUAAGAACCCAGUGCCCCAGUGCCCACCCCGGCUGGACAUCCAGAUGCUGACCCCCGUCAUCUGGUCCCGCAUGCCCAACCACUUCCUGGACCCAGAGGUCGGCAGGGUCAGCGAGAGACUGGGCUGGAUGGUGGAGUGUACCGAGCCCCUCACCAUGAUGGCCCUGCACAUACCUGAGGAGAACAGGUGUAUAGACAUCCUGGAGUUGUCUGAGCGCCUGGAUCUGCUGAAGUUCCACUUCCAUACUCUGAUGUUGUACUGUGCUGUCUGCGCUCUGGGCAACAACCGUGUAGCACACGCCCUCUGCUCGCACGUUGACGAAUCACAGCUCUUCUACGCCAUGGAGAACACCUACCUGCCCGGUCCCCUUCGCAGCGGGUUCUACGACCUGCUGAUCUCCAUCCACUUGGAGUCAGCUAAACGGGCACGGCUGGGCACCAACCGGGAGUUCAUUGUGCCCAUGUCCGCCGAGACCCUCAGCAUCACCCUGUACCCUGACGCUGAGAAGGCCUCUGACCUUCCUGGGGUGGGGUUAACUACCUGUCUUAGACCCAAGCUGCACUUCUCAACCAUCAACUUUGUUGGGACGGAUCCUGACCUGUACACUCUCAGCCCUGUCUUCCCUCUUCAGGAACUGAAGACGAAAGCCAUCAGCAUGUUGACAGAGGCGGUUCUGGAUGGUAGCCAGGCUAUGAGAGACCCAGUAGGGGGCAGCGUAGAGUUCCACUUCGUGCCCAUCCUGAAGCUCAUCAGCACUCUCCUCAUCAUGGGCAUCUUCAACGACGAAGACGUCAAACACAUCCUCAAGAUGAUCGACCCCAACGUGUUCGCUGGGAAGAAAGAGGAGGUGGAGGAGGGAGACGAGGCAGAGGAUGCUACCGCCAAGGAAGAGGGUGAAGAAGUGAAGGAGAAAGAAGAGGAGGAGGCAGAUGAUGAAGGAGUAGGGGAGGAGGAAGAAGAGGAUGAGGAACUGAAACACCUAGAGAAAGAAGAGGAGGGGGAGGCGGAGGAGGAGGAAGGGGAGAAGGAACACGAGGAGGAGGAGAAGGAGAAAGAGGAAGACGGGGAGGAAAAUGUGAUGACAGAAGAGGAGGUAGCGGCGAUCGAGUUGGAGCUGGAGAAGGAAGAGGCGGCUUUGGAGGAGGGACUACUGCAGAUGAAACUACCAGAGUCUGUCAAACUGCAGAUGUGUACGCUGCUGCAGUACUUCUGUGACUGUGAACUGAGGCACAGAGUGGAGGCUAUCGUGGCGUACUCGGAUCAGUUUGUCAACGCCAUUCAGACCAAUCAGAGAGUUCGCUAUAAUCUGCUGAUGCAAGCCUUCUCCAUGAGCGCUGCCGAGACCACACGCAAGACACGAGGGUUCCGUUCCCCACCUCAGGACCAGGUGAUCCUGCUGACUAACUUCAAGCAUGGUCCAGAGGAGGAGGAGUGCCCAGUACCGGAGGAGACCAGAGACACACUGACCGAAUUCCACACUGACAUCCUUAUACAUUGUGGCGUGCACAUCGAGGCGGAAGAGGAGGAGGAGGAGGUGGACACCUCUCUGAGAGGGCGCCUUGGCCGGCUGAUGGGCAAGGUGAAUAACUUGAGGAAGAAAAAGGAGGUGGUGGAGGAGCCAGAAGAGGAGGAGGAGGUCAAACCCAGCACUCUCCAGGAGUUGAUCUCCCAUACCAUGAUCCACUGGGCCCAAGAGGCCUUUAUUCAGAACCCUGAGCUGGUGCGCCUGAUGUUCAGCCUGCUCCACAGGCAGUAUGAUGGGCUGGGAGAGCUGACCAGAGCCCUGCCUAAAGCCUACGCCAUCAACGCUAUCUCUGUCCAGGACACAAUGGACUUGUUGGAGUGCUUGGGCCAGAUCAGAUCUCUGCUCAUCGUUCAGAUGGGCCCCGAGGAGGAGAGGCUCAUGAUCCAGAGCAUCGGGAACAUCAUGAACAACAAGGUGUUCUACCAGCACCCUAACCUGAUGAGGGCUCUGGGGAUGCACGAGACUGUCAUGGAGGUGAUGGUUAAUGUGCUGGGAGGAGGUGGGGAUUCCAAGGAGAUCCGGUUCCCCCAGAUGGUGACCAACUGCUGUCGGUUCCUGUGUUACUUCUGUCGCAUCAGCCGUCAGAACCAGAGGUCCAUGUUUGAUCACCUCAGCUACCUGCUGCAGAACAGUGGCAUCGGCCUUGGUAUGCGUGGCUCCACCCCUCUGGAUGUGGCUGCAGCUUCCUGCAUUGACAACAACGAGCUGGCCUUAGCUCUACAGGAGCAGGACUUGGAGAAGGUGGUGACUUAUCUGGCGGGCUGUGGACUACAGAGCUGUCCCAUGCUCCUGUCUAAGGGUUACCCUGACAUCGGCUGGAAUCCCUGUGGGGGAGAGAAAUACCUCGACUUCCUGCGCUUUGCCGUCUUUGUCAACGGAGAGAGUGUGGAGGAGAAUGCCAACGUGGUGGUGCGUCUACUGAUUCGUCGGCCAGAGUGUUUUGGCCCCGCCCUGAGAGGAGAGGGGGGUGCUGGUCUGCUGGCGGCAAUAGAGGAGGCCAUCAAGAUCUCAGAGGACCCGGCCAGGGACGGACCUACUGUCAAGAAGGACAGGCGGUUCCCCAUGUUUGGUGGUGAGGAGCAGCAAGAGGAGAACCGCGUCCAUCUUGGAAACGCCAUCAUGUCCUUCUACUCUGCCCUCAUCGACCUGCUGGGACGCUGUGCACCUGAGAUGCACUUGAUCCAGGCGUGUAAAGGUGAGGCUCUGAGGAUCCGGGCCAUCCUGAGAUCUCUUGUUCCUAUAGAAGACCUGGUGGGAGUCAUCAGUCUGUCUGUACAGAUACCUGACUACGGGAAAGAUGGUCACACCAUAGAGCCUAAGAUGUCUGCGAGCUUCGUCCCGGACCACAAGGCGUCCAUGGUGCUGUUCCUGGACCGUGUGUAUGGUAUCGACAACCAGGACUUCCUGCUUCAUGUUCUGGAGGUGGGCUUCCUGCCAGACAUGAGAGCUGCCGCAUCCCUGGACACGCUGGCAUUCAGCACCACAGAGAUGGCUCUGGCUCUGAACCGCUACCUGUGUUCCGCUGUGCUGCCCCUCAUCACCAAGUGUGCCCCUCUGUUCGCGGGCACCGACCACCGCGCCAUCAUGAUUGACUCCAUGUUGCACACCAUCUAUAGGCUGUCCCGCGGGCGAGCCCUCACCAAGGCUCAGAGAGACGUCAUCGAGGAGUGCCUCAUGUCCCUCGUCAAGUACCUUCGACCUUCCAUGCUGCAGCAUCUGCUGAGGAAGCUGGUGUUUGACGUGCCAAUACUCAACGAGUUUGCUAAGAUGCCUCUGAAGCUCCUGACCAAUCACUAUGAGCGUUGUUGGAAGUACUACUGCCUGCCUAACGGUUGGGCCAACUUCGGGGUGUCGUCAGAGGAGGAGCUGCACCUGUCGCGGAAACUCUUCUGGGGAAUCUUCGAGUCUCUGGCGCACAAGAAAUUCGAUGCCGAGCUGUUUAAGAUCGCCAUGCCGUGUAUCUGUGCCAUCGCUGGCGCCAUCCCCCCUGACUAUGUGGACGCCAGCUACUCCUCCAACACGGAGAAGAAGGCUUCGGUGGACGCCGAGGGGAACUUUGACCCCAAACCCGUGGAGACCACCAACACCAUUAUCCCAGAGAAGCUAGAUGCCUUCAUCAACAAGUAUGCAGAACACACUCACGACAAGUGGGCUUUCGAAAAGAUCCAGAACAACUGGUCGUACGGAGAGGUGCUGGAUGAAAACGCCAAGACACACCCCAUGCUGCGUCCCUACAAGACCUUCUCCGAGAAGGACAAGGAGAUCUACCGCUGGCCCAUCAAGGAGUCCGUUAAGGCCAUGCUGGCCUGGGAGUGGACGAUGGAGAAGGCUCAAGCAGGGGAGGGAGAGAAGGUGGAGCUGAAGACCUCCACACGGAAGAUCUCCCAGACUGCUCAGGCGACCUAUGACCCCAGCCAUGGCUACAGCCCUUCGCCUGUGGACAUCACUGCCAUGGCGCUGUCCAGAGAGCUGCAGUCCAUGGCUGAGCAGCUGGCUGAAAACUACCACAACACCUGGGGUAGGAAGAAGAAGAUGGAGCUGAUGGGAAAAGGUGGCGGUUCCCAUCCCCUGCUGGUACCCUAUGACACCUUGACGGCUAAGGAGAAGGCCAGAGACAGAGAGAAAGCCCAGGACCUUCUCAAGUUCCUGCAGCUCAACGGAUACGCCGUCACUAGGGGCCCGAAGGACAUGGAACAGGACAUCUCCUCCAUAGAGAAGAGGUUUGCCUAUGGUUUCCUCCAGAAGCUACUGAAGUGGAUGGAUAUUGCCCAGGAGUUCAUCGCCCAUCUGGAGGCUGUGGUUAGCAGUGGCAGAGUGGAGAAGUCUCCACACGAACAGGAGAUCAAGUUCUUUGCCAAAAUUCUCCUGCCGCUGGUUAACCAGUACUUUAAGAACCACUGCCUCUACUUCCUCUCUACACCUGCCAAGUUGCUGGGCAGUGGAGGCCACUCCUCCAACAAGGAGAAGGAAAUGAUCGCCAGUAUCUUCUGUAAGUUGGCAGCUCUGGUGAGACACAGAGUAUCUCUCUUUGGAACGGAUGCUGGCGCGGUGGUGAAUUGUCUGCACAUCCUGUCACGAUCACUGGACGCCAGGACGGUAAUGAAGUCAGGUCCUGAGAUUGUGAAGGCAGGACUGCGUCAGUUCUUUGAGAGCGCUGCAGACGACAUAGAGAAGAUGGUGGAGAAUCUGAAGCUGGGGAAGGUUUCUAGCAGGAACCAGGUGAAGGGUGUGUCCCAGAACAUCAACUACACCACCAUCGCCCUGCUCCCUGUUCUGACCACCCUGUUCGACCACAUCGCCCAGCACCAGUUUGGGGACGACGUCAUCUUGGACGACCUUCAGAUCUCGUGUUACAGGAUCAUGUGUUCCAUCUACUCGCUGGGCACCGUCAAGACGCCUCACGCUGAGAAACAGAGGCCGGCUCUGGGGGAGUGUCUGGCUAAUCUUGCCGCUGCCAUGCCUGUGGCCUACCUGGAGCCUGGCCUCAACGAGUACAACGCCUACUCUGUGUACACCACGAAGACACCCAGAGAGAGAGGCAUCCUGGGCCUGCCCAACCAAGUAGAGGAGCUGUGUACGGACAUCCCAGAGCUAGAUGUCCUGAUGAAGGAGAUCGGGGACCUGGCAGAGUCAGGGGCUCGCUACACUGAGAUGCCCCACGUUAUCGAGAUCACCCUGCCCAUGCUGUGUAACUACCUUCCCCGUUGGUGGGAAAGAGGUCUGGAGAACUACCCCGACCUGGACGGACUGCUCUGUACUGACGUCACCUCAGAACAGCUCAACCAGUUGCUGGGCAACAUCAUGAAGAUAGUGGUGAAUAAUCUGGGGAUAGACGAAGCCUCCUGGAUGAAACGCCUGGCAGUGUUUGCCCAGCCCAUCGUUAACAGGGCCAAGCCUGAGAUGUUGAAGUCUCAUUUCAUCCCGACCAUGGAGAAACUGAAGAAACGCAGUGGGAAGGUGGUGGCUGAGGAGGAGCAGCUGAGACUGGAGGGGAAGUCUGAGGUGGACAGUGAGGAAGGAACCAUUAGGGAUGAGUUUGCUGUUCUCUGCAGAGACCUCUACGCUCUGUACCCUCUACUGAUCAGAUAUGUGGAUAACAACAGGGCUCGAUGGUUGACCUGUCCAGACCCAGAUGCUGAGGAACUCUUCAGGAUGGUUGGAGAGGUGUUCAUCUUCUGGUCCAAGUCUCAUAACUUCAAGCGUGAGGAGCAGAACUUUGUGGUAAUGAAUGAGAUCAACAACAUGUCUUUCCUGACCGCUGACAGCAAGAGUAAGAUGAGCAAGGCCGGCGGGGAAGAGGCUGGAGGUUCUGAUGUGGAGCGUACCAAGAAGAAGCGAAGGGGGGACCGCUAUUCGGUGCAGACAUCUCUGAUCGUAGCGGCGCUGAAGAAGAUGCUUCCUAUUGGCCUCAACAUGUGUUCCCCUGCUGACCAGGAACUGAUUAACCUGGCCAAGAUACGCUACAGCCUGAAAGACACAGAUGAGGAGGUGAGAGAGUUUCUACAGAACAACAUGCAUCUACAGGGCAAGGUGGAGGACCCGUCAAUGCGCUGGCAGAUGGCGCUGUAUAAGGAGACGUCAGGGAAGGCUGAGGAUGCUGAGGACCCCGAGAAGGUGGUCAAGAGAGUCCAGGAGGUGUCCGCGGUCCUCUACCACAUAGAGGUGACGGAGCACCCAUACAAGUCUAAGAAGAUGGUUUGGCACAAGCUGCUUUCUAAACAACGGCGCAAAGCUGUUGUGGCCUGCUUCAGGAUGUCACCCCUCUACAACAUCCCCAGGCACCGGGGGUCCAACAUGUUCCUGAAUGGGUACAAGAGGAAUUGGCUGCAGACUGAAGGAUACCAGUUUGAAGACCGUAUGAUCGAUGACUUGUCUAAAGCCAUGGAGGAGGAGGAGCUGGGAGAAGAGGGAGAGGAAGAGGCAGAAACUAAACCUGACCCUCUGCAUCAGCUCAUCCUACACUUCAGCCGGACCGCUCUCACGGAGAAGAGCAAACUGGAAGUCGACUACUUAUACAUGGCUUAUGCUGACAUUAUGGCCAAGAGUUGCCACAUCGGCGAGGAGGAGGAAGGGGAAGAGGAGGAGGCCUUUGAAGUGACCCAGACUGAGAUGGAGAAGGAGAUGGAGAAGCAGAGGCUCCUGUAUCAGCAGUCACGUCUCCACAACAGAGGAGCUGCAGAGAUGGUGCUGCAGAUGAUCAGUGCCUGCAGAGGUGAGACUGGGGCGAUGGUGUCCUCCACCCUCAAGCUGGGGAUCUCAAUCCUCAACACAGGCAACUGUGACGUACAACAGAGGAUGCUGGACUACCUGAAGGACAAAAAGGAUGUUGGCUUCUUCCUGAGUAUUCAGGCUCUGAUGCAGACCUGCAGCGUUCUAGACCUGAAUGCCUUUGAGAGACAGAACAAGGCUGAGGGCCUUGGUAUGGUGUCAGAGGAGGGAUCAAAUGAGAAGGUGAUGGCGGAUGAUGAGUUCACCUGUGACCUGUUCCGCUUCCUGCAGCUGCUCUGUGAGGGACACAACAACGAUUUCCAGAACUAUCUGCGUACCCAGACUGGCAGCACCACCACCAUCAACAUCAUCAUCUGCACUGUGGACUACCUGCUCCGUCUGCAGGAGUCUAUCAGUGAUUUCUACUGGUACUACUCUGGGAAGGACAUCAUAGACGAGCCAGGAAAGAGGAACUUCUCCAAGGCCAUGAUUGUGGCUAAACAGGUGUUCAACAGUCUGACUGAGUAUAUCCAGGGUCCAUGUACGGGGAACCAGCAGUCUUUGGCCCACAGCAGGUUGUGGGACGCUGUGGUUGGCUUCCUGCACGUCUUUGCUCACAUGAUGAUGAAGCUGGCUCAGGACUCCAGUCAGAUUGGUCUGCUGAAGGAACUCCUGGACCUACAGAAAGACAUGGUGGUCAUGCUGUUGUCUCUACUGGAAGGCAACGUGGUGAACGGCACCAUCGCCCGUCAGAUGGUGGACAUGCUGGUGGAGUCCUCCAGUAACGUGGAGAUGAUCCUCAAGUUCUUCGACAUGUUCCUCAAGCUGAAGGACAUCACCGGGUCUGACGCCUUCAGAGACUACGUGACCGACCCCCGAGGCCUCAUCUCCAAGAAGGACUUCUACAAGGCCAUGGACAGCCAGAAGCAGUACUCUCCGUCUGAGAUCCAGUUCCUUCUGUCUUGUUCCGAGGCCGACGAGAACGAGAUGAUCAACUUUGAGGAGUUUGCCGACCGCUUCCAGGAGCCGGCCAAGGACAUCGGCUUCAACAUCGCCGUACUGCUCACCAACCUGUCUGAGCACGUGCCCCACGAUACGCGACUACAGAACUUUCUUGAGCAAGCCGAGAGCGUCCUCAACUACUUUAGACCCUUCCUUGGCCGGAUAGAGAUCAUGGGAGCGAGCAGGAAGAUCGAGAGGAUCUAUUUUGAGAUCAGCGAGGCCAACAGGAACCAGUGGGAGAUGCCGCAGGUCAGAGAGUCCAAGAGACAGUUCAUCUUCGACGUGGUCAACGAGGGCGGGGAGAGCGAGAAGAUGGAGUUGUUUGUCAACUUCUGCGAGGACACCAUCUUUGAGAUGAACAUCGCCUCACAGAUUUCUGAGGAGGAGGAAGAGGAGGUGGUAGACUCAGAGGAUGAAGAGGAAGAAGGAGGAGGAGGUGGAGGAGAGUUGGACGAAAAUGGAGAAGAGAUUGCUCCCGAGUCGAGCUCGGCGUUCUCUGACUUCCUGACAAGCGUGGCGAACUUCUUCAACAUGUUCACCUUCAGGAAUCUUCGACGGCGCUACCGCAAGCUUAGGAAGAUGACUCUGAAGGAUAUGGUGGUGGGCUUGGCCACGUUCAUCUACACCAUCCUGUUUGGUAUCCUGUCUUUCAUCUACAGUGUGUGUAAGGGCUUCUUCAUGCUGAUCUGGAGCACCCUGUUUGGAGGAGAACUGGUAGAGGGUGCCAAGAAGAUCACGGUGACUGAGCUUUUGGCCAGUAUGCCGGACCCAACGCAAGAUGAGGUGCACGACGAACUGCCACCUGAGCCAGGUGCCGAUGAGGGUCAGGAGGGGAUAGACGGAGGAGAGGAAAGAGACGUGGGAGGAGGAGAUGAAGGAGAGGAGGGAGGGGAUGGUGAGGAGAAGGAGGGAGGACGGAUGCCUGGGUUCGACACCCCUGGAGGGCUGGGAGACUUUGGGGAGACCACAACUGUAGAGCCCCCUACUCCAGAAGGAACCCCACUGCUCAAGAGGAAACUGCUGGAAGCAACGUCCGGAGGAGAGGGUGAAGAAAUACAAGAGCCAGAACCAGAGGAAGAGACACCCCCAGAGGAGGAGAAGGCUGACAAUGAGAAUGGAGAGAAGGCAGAGAAGGAGGCUGAGCCCGUGGUAAAAGAGGAAGAACCGGAAGUGAAGGAGGAAACAUUGAAGACCAAGGCGAAGAAGGAGAAGAAACCUGCAGAGGAGGGCUAUGAGCUUUGGAAUGAGCUGGAGAUCCAGAGGAUUAAAUUCAUGAACUAUCUGUCUCGUAACUUCUACAACCUGCGCUUCCUGGCUCUCUUCAUCGCCUUUGCCCUCAACUUCAUCCUGCUCUUCUACAAGGUUGGAUAUGAUGUAGAGGAGGGGUCAGAAGACAUUGAGGGCUCCGCCCUGUUUGAGGGCUCCGCCCUGUUCGAGGGUUCUGGGUUGUUCGAGGGUUCCGGAGCUGUGGAUGAGGGUGGUUCUGGGAUUGAUCCAUUUGACGACGGCGGUGAUGAUGACGGCGGCGAUGAUGAUGAUGAGGAGGAAGGACCAUUUUUUUUCUACUUGGAGGAGAGUACAGGCUACAUGCAGCCCUGUUUGUCCAUGCUGGCCAUCAUACACACUGUCAUCGCUUUCCUCUGUAUCAUUGGAUACAACUGCCUCAAGGUUCCUCUGGUCAUCUUUAAGAGGGAAAAGGAGUUGGCGAGGAAGCUGGAGUUUGAUGGUCUGUAUGUCACCGAGCAACCAGAAGACGAUGACAUCAAGGGACAGUGGGACCGACUGGUGCUUAACACCCCGUCAUUCCCUAACAACUACUGGGACAAGUUUGUGAAGACAAAGGUGCUUGCUAAGUACGGGGACAUAUACGGUAGGGAGAGGAUCGCAGAGCUGCUUGGGAUGGACCUGGCCUCUCUGGACGUCAGCGCCAUGACACAAGAGAAGAAACCCGAACCAGAAAGUGGCAUGUUAAGCUGGAUUAUCUCCAUUGAUAUCAAAUAUCAGAUUUGGAAGUUCGGGGUGGUCUUCACUGACAACACGUUCCUCUAUCUAGUCUGGUACAUGGUCAUGUCUCUGCUGGGCCACUUCAACAACUUCUUCUUCGCCUGUCACUUGAUGGACAUCGCCGUUGGUGUCAAAGAUUUGCGCACCAUCCUCUCCUCCGUCACACACAACGGCAAACAGCUGAUGAUGACUGUGGGUCUACUGGCUGUGGUGGUGUAUCUUUACACCGUCGUGGCUUUUAACUUCUUCAGGAAGUUCUACAACAUGAGCGAGGACGAGGAUGAACCGGACAUGAAGUGUGAUGACAUGAUGACCUGUUACCUGUUCCACAUGUACGUGGGUGUGCGUGCCGGCGGGGGUAUAGGAGACGAGAUCGAGGACCCGGCGGGCGAUGAGUACGAGCUCUACCGUGUCGUCUUCGACAUCACCUUCUUCUUCUUCGUAAUCGUCAUCCUGCUGGCUAUCAUCCAGGGUCUGAUCAUUGAUGCAUUUGGCGAGCUGAGAGACCAACAGGAGCAGGUCAGAGAGAACAUGGAGACGCAGUGCUUCAUCUGUGGUAUCGGUAGCGACUACUUUGAUACAACUCCUCAUGGCUUCGAAACGCACACCUUGGAAGAGCAUAACUUAGCCAACUAUAUGUUCUUCCUGAUGUACCUAAUCAAUAAAGAUGAAACGGAGCACACAGGACAGGAGUCGUAUGUGUGGAAGAUGUAUCAAGAGAGAUGCUGGGACUUCUUCCCUGCUGGAGACUGUUUCAGGAAGACGUAUGAGGAUCAGCUGGCCUAGUGGGAUAAAUCCUGUCUGUCUGGGUGGGAGAGAGAGAGGGAGAGAGAGAGAAGGAGAAAGUUAAGGAAAUAUAGAAGGUAUUAGAAGGUAUUAGGGAAUAGAUGUGGGUUUGAAGGGUUGCUCCUGUGUCAUAUUUCUCUGUGAUCUCCUGUCUUGACACGCCUGCAGCAAUAUUCUGAUAGACUGAAUAAGAUGACAUGAUCAGAGGAGAUGAAGAGUCCCAAGGGCUUUUAACCCUGUAAAUACACUUCAUGGCCUUUUUCUGUGUGAAAUAUAGAUAUGCUGUCUUGACUGAAUUCAAACACACACACACACAUACACACACACACAGCGCUGCCUCUCUGUCAGUGUGUGUUUCUGUAGAGCUGAAUACAGCAUAGUGCCUAACUCUCAUGGUAAACAAACGUGCUUUAAUGUCUUAAGUAGUGCUCUUUUCCUUCAUAUUAUUAUAAUCGCUCUUGUUUGAGAUUGUAUUAGUAUAAAUGUCCUCGUGUAAAAGAAUGUCUUGAUUUUUGUGUAUGCCUUUAAAUGAGCUAUUUCUGUAA